AUGAGGAACGCUUUUCUCUUUGUCCUAAUAUUCAGCGCAGGCUGUGAUGAUGCUGAUGUCGAUGGAUGCACUGGAGGCUGGUUUGAGUUCAAAUGCUCAUAUUCCCGCGGCGAGGCUCAAAAUGUUAAAGUUUCUCUCCCCAGAGGACCAGAACUGCCCUUAAAACAUUUGGUGAAAAAUAAGUGGAGGGAUCUGGAUGGAAUUCGAUCAGUGUACCAAAACACAACGGGAAAAUACUUUAGCGUGUUAGUCAAAAACCUUUCCCAAAAUGACUUUGGCAAAUAUGAGUGCAGGAGGAAGAGUAAAAAAACAGGAAUUGAUUUGAAGAAAGGUAACAGAGCCUGCGGUGUAUCCUCAAUGACCGUGUACCAGGGAUCAUCAACCACCAUCCAAUGUGCUCCGAAUUCUGCCAAUUUUAUUUGUAAAGAAAAUCCCACAGAACCUGAAUGUGACAUACUCGACUCGGCUCCGGUUUACAGCCUCCGUGCUGCGAGCGAACAGGACCAGGGGACAUACUGGUGUGGUUUCCAAUCAGAGCGACCGAGGUUCAGGGUGGCAUGGCAGAAAAUACAGCUUCAAGUUGUGAAUGUCACUCAGAACAGACUCAGGCUCAGUCCCGGACAGAACUCUUCGUAUCCGUGCCCGUAUCCAGAUGGUCUCCCUCUCCAGAAGUUUGUGUGUAAAGGAGACAAUUCUUCAGCAUGUCCAAAUAUCAGCAGCAAGUUUUCCCUUGAAGAUGUGUCUGAAAACCAAACUGUAAUCAUCACUGUUCAUGGGGUAACAGAAGAAGACAGUGGGUGGUAUUGGUUUGGGGCUGAAAGCAGCAGCGGAAAUGAAAAGCACUUCUUCCAUAAACUGCUUCUACUCGUCAAGUCAGAAAGUUCAACCACACUUCCAAACAAGAAUAACACAAGCCCUAUUUAUCCAUCUACAUCUUCACAACCACAUAAACAAGAUGAACGAUGGAAAAGCAUAGUUAUUGGAGUAGUGGUCGGUGUCAUCCUUCUUCUGCUCGCCGUGGCUCUAUUGUGCCUCCAUAGGCAUCGAUGUUGCUUUGUUAUGGUUCCAACAGCUGACAAGGAGGAUCAUUAUUAUGACGAGAUACAAGAGCGCCCCCAGCAGGUCGGUGCAGCUGCACUGAGCACCAUCUACGCCACUGCGACACUGGACACGGUCGCACAGCCCGGGGCACACCACCGGGAGAACAAGUUACCUGCUGAUGAAGCUUUUAAAGACAAUAUCCUCUAUAUGCAACAGUAUUCUUGA